AAGCCCUCGACAGGCUCCACGUCGGCCGCGCAGGCGCCCUGGGCGCGUUCACCUGCUGCCGUUGUCGCCGCCGCCGCCGCCGCCGGGGCUGGAUGGGGGGCCCGAGGCCGGCCAGUGGCACCCAGGAAGAAGAGACGCGGCGGCGGCGACGCCAACACCCCCAGGACGAGCGCCCCGAGGUGCCCGCGAGCCCCACAGGAAGGCGGUGAGGUCCGGGCCCGGCCGCCCCGCGGGUAGAGACGCCGCCGGCCCCUCGCCGCGCCAUGUUCAAGAAGCUGAAGCAGAAGAUCAGCGAGGAGCAGCAGCUGCUGCAGCAGGCGUUAGCUCCUGCCCAGGUUUCCUCCAGCUCCUCAACACCAACAAGGGCCAGAAGCAGGACAUCCUCAUUUACAGAGCAGCUUGAUGACGUGACACCCGACAGAGAGAAUGCAUCAACUCAAGCUACAAAAUCUCCAGAUGGCAUUAAUAGAAGUGAAUCUUCCUCUCCUCAGUCAGGUGACGCACAGACUUUUGCCCAGAAACUCCAGCUCCGUGUACCUUCAGUGGAGUCUCUGUUUCGAAGUCCCAUAAAGGAAUCUCUAUUCCGCUCUUCUAAAGAGUCUUUGGUCCGAACAUCUUCCAGAGAGUCCCUGAACCAACUUGACCUGGACUGUUCUGCUGCCACCUUUGAUCCACCUUCUGAUAUGGAGAGCGAGGCUGAAGACACACCGGGGAGUGCAGACAGUCUCAGCCGAGAGCAGCUGCUUCAGCGGUUGCGAAGAAUGGAGCGAAGCUUGAGCAGCUACAGAGGGAAGUACUCAGAGCUCGUUACAGCAUAUCAGAAUCUUCAGAGAGAGAAGAAAAAGCUGCAAGGUAUAUUGAGUCAGAGUCAAGAUAAAUCGCUUCGGAGAAUUUCAGAAUUAAGAGAGGAACUGCAAAUGGACCAGCAAGCAAAGAAACAUCUGCAGGAAGAGUUUGAUGCAUGUUUGGAGGAGAAAGAUCAGUAUAUCAGUGUUCUUCAAACUCAGGUUUCUCUCCUAAAGCAACGAUUACAAAAUGGCCCGAUGAGUGUUGAUCUCCCCAAACCACUCCCUUCAGGGGAUUUGCAGGCAGAAGUGAACACUGAUAAAGAGAAGAUGGAGGAUGUCGGGGAGCCAGUGGACGAUGGAGCUGCUGUUAAAACCCUGGAAAUGCUCCAGCAAAGAGUGAAACGUCAGGAGAACCUGCUUCAGCGUUGUAAAGAAACAAUUCGGUCCCAUAAGGAGCAGUGCACACUUCUGAUCAGCGAAAAGGAAGCACUGCAGGAACAACUGGAUGAAAGGCUGCAGGAGCUAGAGAAGAUGAAGGAGCUUCAUAUGGCUGAGAAGACUAAACUUAUCACUCAGUUGCGUGAUGCAAAGAACUUAAUUGAACAGCUUGAACAAGAUAAGGGAAUGGUAAUAACAGAGACAAAGCGGCAGAUGCAUGAGACCCUGGAACUGAAAGAAGAAGAAAUUGCUCAGCUCCGUAGUCAUAUCAAACAGAUGACUACCCAGAGAGAGGAAUUGCGGGAACAGAAAGAGAAGUCUGAAAGAGCUGCUUUUGAGGAACUUGAAAAAGCCUUGAGUACAGCCCAAAAAACUGAAGAAGCACAGAAGAGAAUGAAGGCUGAGAUGGAUGAACAGAUAAAGGCUGUGGAGAGGGCCAGUGAGGAGGAGCGCCUGCGUCUGCAGCAGGAGCUGAGUCGGAUGAGACAGGAGGCUGCCAGCAUGGUGAAGAAGACUUCUGAGGAACAGCUUGCUGAGCUUCGGAAGCUGCACGCAGAGGAGCUGGCCAACAAAGAGCAGGAGCUGACGAGGAAGCUUGAGGCUCAGGAAAGGGAGCUGCGUGAGCAGAUGAAAAUGGCUCUGGAAAAGACUCAGUCAGAAUAUUUGAAGCUCACCCAAGAGAAAGAGCAGCAAGAAUCCUUGGCUCUAGAAGAGUUAGAGCUGCAGAAGAAAGCAAUUCUUACAGGGAGUGAAAAUAAACUCCAGGAACUCAGGCAAGAAGCAGAGGCUUACCGAACUAGAAUUCUUGAAUUGGAAACCUCUUUGGAAAAAAGCUUACAAGAAAGCAAAAAUCAAUCAGAACAUUCGGCUGUUCUUUUGGAAGCUGAGAAGAAAAAGCACAGUGAAGAACUCAGAGCCCUGGCUGAGAAACACAGGACAGAACUGGAGGUCCUCCAGCAGCAGCAGGACAGCCUGUGUUCUGAGAGGCUCCAGAGCCUCACACAGCAGCAGCAGGCUGCAGUGGAGCAGCUCAGAGCGAAGUAUGAGCAGGAGAAAGAUGCGCUCCUAAAGGAGAAGGAGCGUCUUUUCCAGGCCCACAUACAAGACAUGAGUGAGAAGACCUUGGAGAAGCUGGAUGUGAAGCAGACGGAACUGGAAUCCCUGUCUUCUGAGCUGUCAGGAGCACUGAGAGCCCGUGACCAGCUCGCAGAUGAGCUCUCUGACCUCAGGGCUGAUGCAGACAGAGUGAAGCAGGCCUUAGAGGCCCAGCUGGAGGAACAGAGGCGUCACCACCAGCGGGAAGUUGACAGACUCAGCGAAGAGCAAGAAAUAACUGUCCGCAGAACCGAGAAGGCCUUAAAAGACGAAAUCAAUCAGCUGGGGCUUCUCCUGACUGAGAAAGACGAGCAUCUGCGGGAGCGGCAGGCUCGCAUAGAUGAUCUUGAAGCACGUCUUCAGAAGUCUGCCGGGGAGCUCCAGCAGGCUUUUGAUAGGCUGGAUCUCCUCCACUCACAGCAGAGCAGCGAGCACGAGCAGGCCAGUGCCCGGGAGGAGCAGCUGGCCCAAAUGCAGCAGCAAGUGCUGGGUCUAGAAACAGAGAAGAGGCUUCUUACCAAGCAGGUAGCUGAACUGGGAACACAGGAAAAGCAUGUGUGUGUGGAAUUAGACACUCAGAGGGCUCAGGUGCAGCAGCUUGAGAGACAGAAGAGUGAGCUGGAAGAGAAAGUCAGAGCCUUAGCCCAGCUUCACGAGUCACAGCUCAAGGACAGUAACACGGAGAAGGAGCAGGUAAGGCAGAUCCUGCUGGAAAAGGAAAAUAUCAUUUCACAAAUGAGAGAAGAGCAGACUAGAGAAAUUGAGAUCCUCAAACAGAAAUUGUCUUCUAAAGAAGAGAGCAUUAGUAUUUUGCAUGAGGAAUAUGAAACCAAAUUUAAAAAUCAGGAAAAAAGGAUGGAAAAAAUUAAGCAGAAAGCAAAAGAAAUGCAAGAAACGAAGAAAAAGUUGUUGGAUCAGGAAGCCAAACUUAAAAAAGAGCUUGAAAAUACUGUCCUAGAGCUUGGUCAGAAGGAGAAGCAGUUCAAUGCGCAGAUCCUGGAAAUGGCUCAAGCUAACUCAGCUGGAAUCAGUGACACAGUGUCGAGGCUGGAGGCGAACCAGCAGCAGCAGAUAGAAAGCCUGACCAGAGCUCAUCAGCGAAAACUCGAUGAUGUCAUAGAGUUCUGGGAAAAGAGGCUCAGUCAACAAGCUGAAGAACUUCGGGACAAGCAUAAAAGACAGGUAGAGGAGAAGGAACAGGAGCUUGCAGAGCUGAAGCAGACGAUCCUCAAGGUCCAGUCUGAAAAAGAGGAGGAAGUGAGCAGGCUGAAGGAGGCGGGUGCUAAGCAGGACUCAGCACUAGCUGGUCUGCAGGAUCAGUUAGAGCAGAAAUCUGCUUCCAUCGCUUCACUCUCACAGAAUGAAACUCAGUUGAAAUCACAAGUUGAAAAGCUGGAAGUUGAUUUGGGUUGUUCUCUGAGUGAAAAGGUUUCUCUUCAAAAAGAGAUAGCAGAGCUGAAAAUGCUGGCAGUAAAGGAGGAGCUCAGGGUUUCUGAGCUGACAGGCAAAAUGCAGGCUGCAGAGGAGGAGCUCCAGAGCUGGAAGUCUUUACAUGAAAGCAACAAGAAGAGCCUGGAGGACAAAAGCCUGAACCUCAAAACCUUGCUUGAGGAACUACAUAGUCGCUGUGAGAAAACUAAAGCUUUGUUAGAAGCCAAAACAAAUGAAUUACUCAGCAUUAGCCGUGACAAGACUGAUGCCAUUUUCUCUAGGCUUUCCCACUGCCAGCAGCACACGGCCACAGUCAGGGAGGCACUGCUCAGGAAAACUCGACAAGUUUCUGAAUUAGAAGCACAACUUACCCAGCUGACAGAGGAGCAGCAUACACUACAGAGCGCUUUUCAACAGAUUACCCAUCAGUUGGAAGAAAAAGAAGAUCAGAUUAAGACCAUGAAGGCUGAUAUUGAAGGUCUUGUCACAGAGAAGGAAGCUUUACAGAAAGAAGGAGGCCAGCAGCAGCAGGCGGCCUCCGAAAAGGAAUCAUGCAUCACUCAGUUGAAGAAAGAGUUAUCAGAAAACAUUAACGCGGUCACGCUACUGAGAGAAGAGCUUUCGGAGAAGAAGUCUGAGAUUGACAAUCUUAACAAACAGCUAAGUGAUCUCAGUGCUCAACUUGAGAAUAGCGUCAGCCUAAGUGACAAGGCAGCAGCCAUUUCGUUACUAAGCAGGCAGCACGAGGACCAGAAGCUGCAGUUGCAAGGUCAGCUGCGAGAGCUGUCUUUGAAAGUGGACACGCUGAAUGAAGAGAAAAUGUCUGCCCUUGAGCAGGUAGAUCAUUGGUCCAACAAGUUCUCAGAGUGGAAGAAAAAAGCACAGCCCAGAUUCGCACAGUACCAAAGCACUAUAAAAGACUUGCAGACCCAGCUUGACUUAAAAGCCAAAGAAGCUAGUGAAAAGGAUGAGCAGAUACGUUUACUGAAGGAAGACCUUGAUCAGCAGAAUAAAAGACUUGACUGUUUUAAGGGUGAGAUGGAAGACAGGAAGAACAAGAUGGAGAAAAAGGAGUGUGAUUUAGAGACUGAGUUAAAGACCCAGACAGCAAAGGUUGCUGAAUUAGAGGACUUUGUUGCUCAGGGGAAAAUAGAAAUCGAGUCCCUGAAUGAAAGACUUAAGACUUACAGCCAGCAGGAGGACACUGAGCACAGAGACCUGGUUCAGAAACUUCAGCACUGUGAAAAGCUGGGAGAGGAGAAAGACAGCAAGGUUAGGGAGGCUGAGGCAACAGUCCUGAGACUAGAAAAGCACGUGUCCUCACUAGAAGCUGAACUUGAAAUUAUGAAGAAAGAACUAGAACAUGUGAAUUCAACUGUGAAAAGCAGAGCCGGGGAGUUAACAGCUUUAGAAAAGAAACUUGAGUUAGAAAGUGCUGCAAAAGUGGAGCUGAAGAGGAAGGCUGAGCAGAAGAUUGCUGUCAUCAAGAAGCAGCUGUUGUCUCAGAUGGAAGAGAAAAAACUGCAAUAUGAAAAAGAUGCAGAAAGCCAGGUGAAUGAGCUCAAUGCAAAGUUACAAGAAAGAGAAAAGCAAAAUCACAUCCUAGAAGAAAAACUUAAAAACCUAGGAAGUUUUCCACGGUUGGAAACGCCAGUUGUGUCCAGGUCCGUAGAGCAUGUGGCUGUGUCUCUCCAGCAAGUAACAGAGUCCCAAGGCUGCACUCAGAAGGCAUGUGAGGAAAGGAUCUGCGAACUGCAGAGACGUUUAGUUGAAAACGAGAAGCUGCUGCACAGGCUGGGGCAGGGGUCAGGCGAGGCCGUAGCAUCUACAUCUGAAAUUCUGCACAAGGACCAGGACUCCGUGAAGUCAGACCAUCCCAGGGCCAAGCCACUCGAAGAUCAACUCUUGAUAGGAUGUCUUCACGAAGAACUUGAAGAAAAGAAGGCGAAAUGUUCCUUAGUUAUAUCCCAGCCCAUGGAAGAGGAAACUGGUAAGAACAACACAGGAGUGAAGCAGAACUGGGCAAGUGUGGUUGACAAUGUCCAGAAGACCCUCCAGGAGAAGGAGCUGACCUGCCAGACCCUGGAGCAAAAGGUAAAAGAGCUGGAGUCAGACUUAAUAAGAGAGAGGGACGCACAUAGACUUGAAAUGGAAAAGUUGACCUUAAAAUGCGAAAAAUACCAAGUUUCACAGCAAGACAUGGGUGGGAAAAAUAAGCCUGUAGAAAUUUUGGAAGACAAUACUGAGGAAAAUUCCAAAUCACGAGUGAUCCAGCCAAAACUGGGGAGUAACAUGGACAGCCAUCACGAUGACCUGGAGUCACAGUUAGCAGGGGCAGAGCGGGAGAAGCAGAAGCUGAGCAAGGAGGUGGCUAGGCUGCAGAAAGACCUCCGGGCGCUGAGAAAGGAGCAUCAGCAGGAACUGGACAUCCUGAAGAAAGAAUGUGAGCAGGAAGCAGAGGAGAAGCUCAAACAGGAGCAAGAGGAUCUUGAGUUGAAGCACACUUCCACACUGAAGCAGCUGAUGCGGGAGUUUAACACACAGCUGGCACAGAAGGAGCAGGAACUAGAGCGGACCGUCAAGGAGACCAUCGAUAAGGCCCAGGAGGUGGAAGCCGAGCUUCUGGAGAGCCAUCAAGAAGAGACACAGCAGUUGCAUAGAAAGAUCGCAGAGAAAGACGAUGCUCUCAAAAGGACAGCCAGAAGAUACGAGGAGAUCCUUGAUGCCCGUGAGGAAGAGAUGACUGCAAAAGUAAAUGACCUGCAGACUCAGCUUGAGGAGCUACAGAAGAAAUACGAGCACAAGCAGGAGCAGGAGGAGAGCACGGAGGACACUGUAACAAUUAUGGAGCUACAGACACAGCUAGCCCAGAAGACCACUCUGAUCAGUGAUUCCAAGCUGAAGGAGCAGGAGUUGAGAGAGCAGGUCCAUAAUUUGGAAGACCGUCUGAAAAGAUACGAGAAGAGUGUGUGUGUGGCACCUGUGGGGACUCCGCGCCGAGGUGGCAAUUUGUACCACACUGAGGUCUCACUCUUUGGAGAACCUACGGAGUUUGAAUAUUUGCGGAAAGUGCUGUUUGAGUAUAUGAUGGGUCGUGAGACCAAGACCAUGGCGAAAGUGAUAACCACUGUCCUGAAAUUCCCUGAUGAUCAGGCCCAAAAAAUUUUGGAAAGAGAAGAUGCUCGGCUGAUGUUCACUUCAGCUCGCAGCGGCAUCUUCUGAUACGGUCAGUCUGUGCUUAGUGAGCGUGUGUCAUGGCUCCGAACUUCAUCUUGAAGACAUGGAGAGAAUGAGGCGGGCAGCUGCUGCUUGGCAAACUGUCCAUGUUUGCUGCUUUUGGAGAAAGGCGCUGUCCUUGCAGGCCAUUUGCGUGGCCUGAGACAGAUCUUAUCCUGGCCCACAGUUGCAUUGCUUUUGAAGCAGAUGUUCUUGGUGGAAAAUGAUGAUAGUUUUGUUUUUUUUUUUUUUUUUUUUUUUCAUUCUUCGGUUUUUUUUUUUUUUUCUUGGGAAGUUUUAUGUGGUUUAAAGGCUGUUCUGACUGGUCUGGCUUGGCCUGGUCACUCAGUGUCCCUUUCUUCUGUUCUUUUUCCUCUUUUUAAAGAACUGUCUGUCUUCCUUAUUUAUUUUAGGGUGAUUUCUUUUUCUUCUUAAAGACUUGUGCAAUACAUUUUGAGGUGAAACUUAGUGGAUUUUUUCUGAUAAAUUAGAGAAUUUAAUUGAUUAUUUCACAGAUUGAUUUUUUUUGAAUAUUUGCUAAAGCCUAAUUCUUUAAGCUAUGAUAAGUCCCAAGUGGCAGCACCUCAUGUUUACCUAGCUUUUGUACUUAUAUUAUUUUUCAAAGGAAAAAUACUACUGUAAAUUGUAAAUAGUCAGUACAUAAUCCUAUUGUAUGCAGAUCUGUGACUGUUGGCUGUGUCAUCUCAGAGGAUCAGAUACAUAAAGUUUAUUUCCUAUAUAA